AUACUAAUGCAUCAUAUUAGAAACACACUCCCCGAAAUAAAAGCCAAAAUUCAAGCAGUUCUCGCAAAAUAUCAGACUGAAUUACAACAGCUUGGAGAUCCUUUAGAAGAUGGUUUCAAUACGUUCUCCCCAUUUUUGGUUCGUACGAUCAUUGAAGGCAAAUCCGAUGAACGUUCUUCUUUUGAGUUGGCUGGCGGUGCACGUAUCAGUUUUGUCUUCCAUGAGGUGUUUGCGAACGGUGUAAAAACAAUAGAUCCUUUUGAUCAAAUAAAAGAUGCAGAUAUUAGAACAAUAAUUUACAAUGCAUCGGGAUCUGCACCCUCUCUCUUUAUUGCCUCAACUGCUUUUGAAGUGAUCAUAAAACAACAAAUUAAGCGUUUAGAAGAACCUAGCUUAAAAUGUGUGACAUUAGUGUAUGAAGAAUUGGUUCGAAUUUUAUCACAAUUGCUACAAAAACAGGUUUGUAAGCUGGAAAAUAACAAACGUUUCCCCGGACUAAAAGAAAAAUUUUAUACUGUUGUCAUUAAUUUUUACAAAAAAGCUCUGACACCGACGAACAAACUUGUGCAAGAUCUUGUUAACAUGGAAUCAAGUUAUAUUAACACUGGUCAUCCAGAUUUCUUAAAUGGCCAUAAAGUCAUUGCAGCUAUUAACGAUAAAUAUAACCCAAAGCAAGCAAAUCCUGCAGAUCCAAAAACAGGUCGUGGAAGUAUUAGCAAUCUUACCAAUUCGAGUCCGCUACCAGAUACCGAAUCACAGAAUCCUGGGUUCUUUGGAAGUUUCUUUGCACCAAAUAAAAAAAAGAAACCUGGCGUCAUGGAAGCUCCGCCACCAGUCUUGAAAGCGUCAGGAAAUCUUUCUGAGCGAGAAUCUAUGGAAACCGAAAUUAUAAAGACGCUUAUUCAAUCAUAUUUCAACAUUGUAAAAAGAACUAUUGUCGACAUGGUUCCAAAGGCUGUUAUGCUUAAUCUUGUUUCAUAUGCCAAAGAAGAACUCCAACGGGAACUGUUGCAAGAACUGUACAAAGCAGAAGUUCUUGAUGAAUUACUUAAAGAAAGUGAUUACACGCAACAAAGGCGAAAAGAGUGUAAAAAGAUGAUUGAAGCCUUGCAAAGGGCUGAUGAG